GCGGCGGCGGCGGCGGCGGUGGCGGCGGCGGCGGUUACUAUGGCGGAGUCGGCCGGAGCCUCCUCCUUCUUCCCCCUUGUUGUUCUCCUGCUUGCCGGCAGCGGCGGGUCCGGGCCCCGGGGGAUCCAGGCUCUGCUCUGUGCGUGCACCAGCUGCUUACAGGCCAACUACACGUGUGAGACAGAUGGGGCCUGCAUGGUUUCCAUUUUCAACCUGGACGGGAUGGAGCACCAUGUGCGCACCUGCAUCCCCAAAGUGGAGCUGGUCCCCGCUGGGAAGCCCUUCUACUGCCUGAGCUCCGAGGAUCUGCGCAACACGCACUGCUGCUACACCGACUUCUGCAACAAGAUCGACCUGAGGGUGCCCAGCGGUCACCUCAAGGAGCCUGAGCACCCGUCCAUGUGGGGCCCUGUGGAGCUGGUGGGCAUUAUUGCCGGCCCAGUGUUCCUCCUGUUUCUCAUCAUCAUCAUUGUUUUCCUUGUCAUUAACUAUCAUCAGCGCGUCUAUCACAACCGCCAGAGGCUGGACAUGGAGGACCCCUCGUGUGAGAUGUGUCUCUCCAAGGACAAGACACUCCAGGAUCUCGUCUACGACCUCUCCACGUCGGGGUCUGGCUCAGGGUUACCCCUUUUUGUCCAACGCACAGUGGCCCGAACCAUCGUUUUACAGGAGAUUAUUGGCAAGGGCCGGUUCGGAGAAGUGUGGCGCGGCCGCUGGAGGGGUGGUGAUGUGGCUGUGAAAAUAUUCUCUUCUCGUGAAGAGCGGUCUUGGUUCCGGGAAGCAGAGAUAUACCAGACAGUCAUGCUGCGCCAUGAAAACAUCCUUGGGUUUAUUGCUGCUGACAAUAAAGCAGGCUGCUCAUUCCUCACAUUGCCAUGGCGGUUUGUAGUGGCCUCAGCUGCCCCCAGGCUGAAGAGACUUGACCUCUCACGCAAGGGAGGAAGGGGAAGAGAGAAUUCCUUACUCCCUCUGAAUAACGGCACCUGGACACAGCUGUGGCUUGUCUCGGACUAUCAUGAGCACGGCUCCCUGUUUGACUAUCUAAACCGGUACACGGUGACCAUCGAGGGGAUGAUUAAGCUGGCCUUGUCUGCUGCGAGCGGUCUGGCGCACCUGCACAUGGAGAUUGUGGGCACCCAAGGGAAGCCUGGAAUUGCUCAUCGAGACUUAAAGUCAAAGAACAUCUUGGUGAAGAAAAAUGGCAUGUGUGCCAUCGCAGACCUGGGCCUGGCUGUCCGUCACGAUGCAGUCACGGACACCAUUGACAUUGCCCCCAACCAGAGGGUGGGAACCAAACGAUACAUGGCCCCCGAAGUACUUGAUGAAACCAUCAACAUGAAGCACUUCGACUCCUUUAAGUGUGCUGAUAUCUAUGCCCUUGGGCUCGUGUACUGGGAGAUUGCUCGAAGAUGCAACUCUGGAGGAGUCCAUGAGGAAUAUCAGCUGCCAUAUUAUGACCUAGUGCCCUCUGACCCUUCCAUUGAGGAGAUGCGGAAGGUCGUAUGCGACCAGAAGCUCCGCCCCAACAUCCCCAACUGGUGGCAGAGUUAUGAGGCGCUGCGGGUGAUGGGGAAGAUGAUGCGGGAGUGCUGGUACGCCAACGGCGCAGCCCGCCUGACCGCGCUGCGCAUCAAGAAGACCCUCUCCCAGCUCAGCGUGCAGGAGGACGUGAAGAUCUAGCUGCCCCUCCCGACACGCUGCCGGGCAGCGGGACCUACAGCCGAGCUGCCGUGUUGAGCGUCCGAUGGAGGCCUACCUCUCGUUUCUGCCCAGCCCU